AUGAAGCCGUUGAGCUGGCAGGUGGCGGCCGCGGUUGCUGUGGGGCUCGCGCUGGCCCUGGAAACGCUGCCACAGGUGCUGCGCUGGUUGUGGGGCGGGCGGCGGCGGCCACGGCGAGAGGUGCUGUUCUUCCCGUCGCAGGUGACCUGCACCGAAGCAUUGUUGCAGCAGGCCCCGCGCGCGGAGCCGUCCGCGUCCACCACAUCGUCUGCGGGCUGCCUCUGCAGCUUGCCUCACGGCGAGAGCGCGCUGAGCCGCUUGCUGCGCGCCCUACUGGCAGCCCGCGUCAGUCUCGAGCUCUGUCUCUUUGCCUUCUCCAGCCCACAGCUGGGCCGCGCGGUGCAGUUGCUUCAUCAGCGUGGUGUUCGCGUGCGGGUCGUCACCGACUGUGACUACAUGGCGCUUAAUGGCUCGCAGAUUGGCCUGCUGCGCAAGGCAGGUAUUCAGGUUCGGCAUGAUCAAGAUCUGGGCUACAUGCACCACAAGUUCGCAAUCGUGGAUAAGAAGGUGCUGAUCACUGGUUCACUCAACUGGACCACACAAGCCAUCCAGAACAAUAGAGAAAAUGUUCUGAUUAUGGAGGAUGAAGAGUAUGUGAGGCUUUUUCUGGAAGAAUUUGAGCGUAUUUGGGAAGAGUUUAACCCUACAAAGUAUACCUUUUUCCCACAAGAAAAGAAAAGUCAAUGA